AGCUCAGACAGCAGUGGAGGAAUUUCAAAACUUUUCCAACUCACAGUGCCGCUCGCUUGCCUUAAAGAUUGAGUUUGUCAAUAUUUGUUCCACCGUGUCAACACAACACCUUCGUUUGUGUAUACUGGAUGUAUCGGCUGUGAGACGGAUGCUGCUGGCCGCUUGGAAAAAGGAAAUUUGCGAGAGGGGGAAAAAAAAAACAAAAAAACAACAACUUGUGGAAUGAUGCCCGAGCGACUGCAUCCCUCCCUCCAAAGUUCAGCUAAGGUGGCUAACGUUAGCUAGCUCAGGAGUCGGCUAGCUCCAAGUCAGGAUAAACUUGUUAAGCUGCCACAACAAGCGAUAGUUUUUCGCCUGGUGUAGAGGACAGGGAGCGAUAACCUCACAAGCUUUUUUUUUCCACAUGAAAGACUUUCUUCCCUGUCCCGCUUGCAUAGCCAGGCCAGGUUACACUCUUUUGCUAAUCUCCCUUAGCCAAGUAGUAAGAGCUAGCGGACUGGUAGCCACAGUUUCUCGGUGCAGAAAUGGCAUGACAAACACUGGCCUGUUUUGACCACUGCCAGCUCAAAUGCAUAAUGUAAAGGCUGAAUUGACGCUUUUGGAAAUUUCUUACAAUUUUAUGCCCCCCUUGUUUCUAAUGGCAACACCUGUCGGCCGCUACACAGGCAGAUGUGAAGAGAUGAGGAGGUAGCUGAAAGAAAGCGGUGCCAUUGCUCAUCAGCACAUCAGCGACUAAUGCCAUUUAAACCCCUUUGUUAGCUAUCUUGGCCGAGAGCACUUCUAACUUUGACAAGUUGUGACACCAUAAACAGUUCUUUUCAGAGAUGUAAUUUUUCCUCUUUUCAGCAUUUCCAAAUUUUGGGGGGAUACAGGACCAUUCAUUAUAAGUCCACUUUCCCUGCCUCUCCCGUAUAGUUUCUUGCCAUUUCUCUUUUUCCUCACAUCCCUGCUUGUUAAUCAAGACUGUCUGCGGCUCCUCUCCAUCUUGGGGACCUUCCUGCAUCAUUAUCCCUAUCGGCCUUCCCACAUACAGAGGCCCUGAGUCUUGGAUGAAGCGUGGGGCCCUAUAAUGAAGGUGACAGUGACGUUUGGGCGGACAGGUGUGGUGGUGCCCUGCAAAGAGGGAUGGACCGUGAGGGACCUCAUCCAACAAGCAACACAGAGAUACAGAAAACUACUGGAGCAGGAAGGGGACUUCCUGGUUAGGACCCACCAUGUGGAGUACUGCGAUGGGGGGAUCCUGGACCCUGAUGAUAUAUUGAGUGACCUAGUGGAGGACAAGGACAAGCUGAUGGCGGUGUAUGAGGAGCAGGAAGCCCAGCAGAGGGGCUUGGCCAGCACAAGCCCGGCCCCCAGCCCAGACCUCUACCAAUCAGAGCUCUCUGUCUUCCAGCCAAUUAGAGGAGGAGAGAUUGAAGUCAACUCCUCGGCCCUCAAGUCAAACACCCCCCUGUUGGUUAGGAGCAGCAGUGAUUCAGCCCUUGGUCCCCAGCCAACAGAGCCAGAGCCCCACCUUCCUGAGGACACCACUGUGGCAGCCAGUCCUACUGUGGAGAGGCCUGCAGGGAUGGACCGACCGCAAGGCAAACACACCUUCAACAACAGCCUUACCAGAAUAGUGGAAAUUUUGGGAGAGCAUGGCCCCCUGGGAAUUCACGUGGUUCCCUACUGCUCAUCACUCAGUGGACGGUCUCUCGGACUCUACAUCCGUGGAGUGGAGGAGGAGAGUCGUUCACGGAGGGAGGGUUUGUUCCAGGAAGAUGAGUGUAUUGUCAAGAUUAACCACACAGACCUCAUGGACAAGACUUUCAGCCAAGCCCAGGAAUUGUUUCGUCAGGCGAUGCGUUCCCCGGUCAUCCGUUUGGAAGUGGUUCCUUCCCCCAACAGGGAACGCUAUGAGAAGAGUCUGAUUGGUCAGCUGUUCAGCAACAGCCCUGGCCCUGAUGGCAGCCCCCGAAUCGCCAAGACCAAAGAACCACCUCCGCCUGUCAAAGUCAAGCCCAGCUUUAAACCCUCAGAGAAUUCAGCCAUGCGAAUGGCUGAGGAUGCUACUAAUCUGGAAGCUGCCGUCAGUGCCUCCAAGGGGAGAAGUGAGAGUCCACUGCUUAAGAAAAGUCCCGCCCUCUCCAACCUGGUGGCCAAUAAAAAAGGGGGGAGGAGAUUGAGGAUUGACCUAAAAAAAGGUUCGGAAGGUCUGGGAUUUACUGUAGUAACCAGAGAUUCUUCAGUCCACGGUCCCGGUCCUAUCCUAGUUAAAAAUAUCCUGCCACGCGGAGCCGCUGUCAAAGAUGGACGACUACAGUCUGGAGACCGCAUACUAGAGGUAAAUGGUGUGGAUAUCACUGGUGUGGGCCAGGAGGAGUUGGUGUGUAUGCUCCGGAGCACGCGGCAGGGAGAGAGUGUGUGUCUGGUGGUCCUACGACAGGAAGACAUGUUCCUGCCCCGGGAGAUGAAGGAUGAGGUGUCCCGUGGGCCGGCCGUCCUCUCAGAGGAUGGAAAGGAGCAGCUCAUGUUUGAGGUGGCCCUUAAUGACACUGGCUCAGCAGGGCUGGGUGUCAGCCUCAAAGGAAACAAGUCCAGAGAGACAGGAGAGGACCUGGGAAUCUUCAUCAAAUCCAUUAUACAUGGAGGGGCCGCAUACAAGGACGGGCGCCUGCGCAUCAACGACCAGCUGGUAGCAGUGAAUGGAGAGUCGCUGUUGGGACGCUCUAACCAUGUUGCCAUGGAGACGCUUCGCCGGUCCAUGUCCCAGGAGGGGAAUCUGAGAGGGACAAUUCAGCUAGUGGUGCUGAGAGCUCUUCAGGAACAACAUGGAGCAUCACCCAAUCGCUCCUUUGACAGCUCCUGUGGCCUGCCUGGAUUGGUCAGCCCAACAAAUGGUCAGACAGGAUUGGUCAGUCAGGGCAACGGCCCGAGCCACUCUCCCAUGGUGACCAAUGACCUCUACGCUUCCAAUGUGACAAAUGGGAGUUAUUCUCACAUGGAUGAGGAAGAGGAGGAGGAAGAGCUUUCCCGACAUGAAGCCGACUACAGCAGCUCUUCCCAGCAGCACUCCUACCUUCAACAAAGGGAGUCCUCUCUGCCCCCGAGCCCGGCUGGACCCCUGUCUGCACCCCAGAACCACAACCACAACCAGAACCAGCGCCAGUACCAGCACGUCAAAGCCUCCAAGAGCAUGGACCUGGGUACGACUCAGACGCAACAGCACACUGUGGCGGAUGAGAACAAUGUAGGAUCCUUGGUCGGAAACAAAACAGCUCCGUCCCCUGCUGUUGAACUGGGCCCUACGCUUGGCUUGAAGAAGUCCAGUUCACUGGAAAGUCUCCAGACUGCCAUGUCGGAGGUCAAUCGGAAGAACGAGCUCCUCCCCUUCCACCGGCCACGCCCAAAUAUGGUCAGAGGAAGAGGCUGCAAUGAGAGCUUCCGAGCAGCUAUUGAUAAAUCCUACGAUGGGCCACCUGAAGAUGAUGAUGAUGAUGGGUCUGAUCAGAGUUCGGGACAGGACACCCCUGCUAGUGGUUCAUCCCGCCAAGGAGUUGGGGAUCAGAUAGAGGAGAAAGACAAAAAGGACAAGAAAAAGAAAGCUAAAGCAAAGAAGAAAGAAAGGAACAAGGGGAAGGGAAAAGAAAAAGAGAGGAAGAAAGCUGAAGAACAAGAAGAGACAGAAAAGAAGAGCAAGAAAAAAGGCUUUGGCUUGCUCAGGUUUGGAAAGAAAAAAGAGGAGAAGAAGGAGGCGAAGGCGGCUCUACAGCGUCAGAAGUCUGACAUUCUGAGUGAGGAGGAGCUGGAGAGGAUGAAGGAGGAGAGGGAGAGGAUUGAGGCAAAGCACAUUGAGCUCCGAGAACGCCAAUCCCGAGAUCAGCGAGGCGGCGGUGGGUCCUCGUACCCCGACGUGGAGGAUGAUGACGCAGACCCUAACUACGCUCGCAUCCACACAUUCAGAGACCGCGACGUGGCUUUAAUGCCUCAACUGCCGUCUCAGUCACCUCCUUACAAUGCAGUUCACCACAGUCAUGCCCGCACGCCCUCCCCCCAGCGCCCUCCUGCCUUGCCGGGGCAUGGAAGUCAUGGCAACAACCCCGGGGUGACCCCUGAUGGAGACGCCUUGGAUGGGCUGUACGCCAAGGUCAACAAACCAAGAGGAGCUGGAGCCGCUUCUCCUCCCGUGCCUGCAGCAGCCAGUGACAGCAGUGUGGACAGGAUCCAGCAGCUAAGAAGAGAAUACCAGCAGGCCAGGAGAGAAGGAAUGGUGCCAGCUUAUGACGAACUGGACCCACGACGCAGAGGGCCUGAAAAUGACACACACAGGAUGCCGGGCAGAGGGACAGAUCAUCGAUUGGCACCACGCUAUGAAGAAGUAGAGCGCCAGUAUGCAUCUUUACCAAGGCGUGGUCCGUUGGAUCCAGCUGACUAUCCCAUGCAGCCCUGGUCAGGUCAUUACCCAGGAGCCCCACAGGGUUACCCCCAGCCGGCAGCCUACCCAAAUGCCAACCCCCAGUCUGGGCCGUCUUACCCCAGCUACCCUCCCAGUCAGCCAUACCCACGGGCAGGGGACCUUAGGGGGGUCGACCCCGGAUACUACCCCCAUCCAAGCCCUCACCAUCAGCCCCAGCCUCAGCAGAGAGGCCCCUUGCGGCAGGAUGUGCCCCCAUCCCCUACCCCUCCGCUCCGUGGGCCGCGGUAUGACACAAUGACCCGUGGAGCUGGGGGCGGAGGGGGCUACAGGUAGGGGCGAUUUGAGGAGCGUGUGAAGAGGAUCUCAGGCGCCAGGGGGAGCCCGGUCCAGACCAGUAUGGCUUUAAGGGAGAGGGAGGAAGACACCAACAUCAGCACCAAUCCAACCCAAGACAGGAGAAUCCCAUGACGGCAGCCGUGCAGAGGAAGCAGGCCUGCCAACAAAACAUGUAUGAUGCUAACUGCUUUGAAUUGACCAGCUCCUGCACUUUCUGUCCAUAGGUACACCACUGAAGUGGAGCUGAAGUCCUUUUUUAACGUUUGUGAUGUGAAUCACCAUUAUCAUUAUCAAACAUGCUUUAUCCUGUCUGAAUACUGUGGUAUGACACAGCCAACCUAGCUAAACGGGGUUAAUUAUGAAGUGGUCAGCAUGGUGCAUCAUUUUUGCUGUUGUGUGAUAUCAUUUACAUUACUUUGAGCUUUUGCUUUAGUCUGCCUGGAAUGUAAAAUUAGCAGUUUUUUU